AUGUUGUCACUUACUGUAGAUCAUAGUCCGAUAGUCGACUUUUACCCUCAAAUAACACUUCGUUAUAGCGACUUACCAUCAUCUACUGUAGAUAUAGACCACACUAUUGUAUCUAUAGUUACUUACCACCAUCUACUACCACUCUAUUAUAUCUAUAGAUACUUGCCAUCACCUACUGUAGAUAUAGACCACUCUAUUAUAUCUAUAGUUACUUACCAUCAUCUACUACCACUCUAUUAUAUUUAUAAUUACUUACCAUCACCUACUGUAGAGAUAGACCACUCUAUUAUAUCUAUAGUUACUUACCAUUACCUACUACCACUCUAUUAUAUUUAUAAUUACUUACCAUCAUCUACUGUAGAUAUAGACCACUCUAUUAUAUCUAUAGUUACUUACCAUCACCUACUAUCACUCUAUUAUAUUUAUAGCUACUUGCCACCACCUAAUGUAGAUAUAGACCACUCUAUUAUAUUCACAAUUACUUACCAUCAUCUACUCCAACUCUAUUUUAUUUAUAGUUACUUGCCACCAUCUACUGUAGAUAUAGACCACUCUAUUGUAUCUAUAGUUACUUACCACUAUCUACUACCACUCUACUGUAUCUAUAGUUACUUACCAUCACCUACUGUAGAUAUAGACCACUCUACUACAUCGAUAGUUACUUAUCAUCACCUACUUUACUUACCAUCACCUACUGUAGAUAUAGACCACUCUACUACAUCGAUAGUUACUUAUCAUCACCUACUGUAG